AUGGCGUCGUCGGGGCCGGCGGGGCCGCUGCCGCUGCUGCUGCUCCUGCUGCUGGCGGGCGCGGCCCGGGCCGGCCUGCACUUCCGCCCGGGCCAGAGCUGCUACCGGCCCCUGCGCGGGGACCAGCUGGCCGGCCUGGGGCGCAGGACAUACCCGAGGCCUCAUGAGUACCUGUCCCCAUCGGAUCUGCCCAAGAGCUGGGACUGGCGCAGCGUGAAUGGGGUCAACUAUGCCAGCGUCACCCGGAACCAGCACAUCCCUCAGUACUGCGGCUCCUGCUGGGCCCACGGCAGCACCAGCGCCAUGGCGGAUCGGAUCAACAUCAAGAGGAAGGGGGCGUGGCCCUCCACCCUCCUGUCUGUGCAGCACGUCAUCGACUGCGCGGAGGCUGGCUCGUGCGAGGGGGGCAAUGACCUGGAGGUGUGGUCCUACGCCCACAAGCACGGCAUCCCCGACGAGACCUGCAACAACUACCAGGCCAAGGACCAGGAGUGUGACAAGUUCAACCAGUGCGGCACGUGCACGGAGUUCAAGGAGUGCCAGCCCAUCCAGAACUACACCCUCUGGAAGGUGGGCGACUACGGCCGGGUCUCGGGGAGGGCGAAGAUGAUGGCAGAGAUCUACGCCAACGGCCCCAUCAGCUGCGGGAUAAUGGCCACAGAAAAGAUGGUGAACUACACCGGAGGCAUCUACACGGAGUACCAGGAGCAGAGCUACAUUAACCACAUCGUUUCCGUGGCCGGCUGGGGCGUCAGCGAGGGGGCCGAGUACUGGAUCGUCCGGAACUCCUGGGGUGAACCAUGGGGCGAGCGUGGCUGGAUGCGGAUCGUGACCAGCACCUACAGAGGCGGGAAGGGCGCGGAGUACAACCUUGCUAUCGAGAACAGCUGCUCCUUCGGGGACGUCGUCGUUUGAGGCAGAGGUCUCACGGGAGCAGCUCUUGAGGCAGCAUCAUGAACCAUGACCAGAGGGGCCCUGGGGGGUGGGGGGACACUGCCGUGGUUUGGAGGAUCUGGGGGCUGCCCACGAAGCCGCACUGCUGUCCGGCCGGCGAGGGCUGAACACCGAGGGCGCCCGUCUUGAGGACGGACGGACUCGGUCCUGGCCGAGCACAUCCCCGGGCAGAGUCCCAGGACGCAGACACCAGCGCAGGGCGGGUCCCCUGCAGGACUGGAGGGAGCCUCGACCUGCACAAGAUGUGAUCGCAAGACAUCCACCAUGUCGCCUCCACUCUCUCCGACUGACGGCUUGGUAUUUCCUUGGCAACUGUGGUCUGUGAUGUGAACCUACCACCAUUCUUUUGUCACCUUGGGAGGAGGGGGGGGGAGGGGACGGCAGUUUCAAGCUGCCCAGGUGAUGAAUAAAACCCGGGACUUCACCAGA